AUGUCACAGACGUCCCGACUGAGGAAUGCAGGUUUCACCUCUGCUCUUACUUCGAUACCUUCUGGCACAUGGAAGAUACUCAUCACGGACGAUCAUUCCCAACAGCUACUCGACACUGUUUACAAGAAUUAUGACAUCUUACAACUCAAUGUCACGUCCGUGGAGCCUUUGCAUUCACCGAGACCACCACAAAACUUGGACGCCUUGUACAUCUUGACACCUACUUCUCAGAAUGUUGAGAGAAUCAUCGCAGACUUCUCGGGUGGUCGGAGAACGUACAAAUCGGCGCAUUUAUAUUUCAUCGACGGGAUCGAUGACAGAUUGGCCCAGCGUCUGACUAGUAAUCUACCCGGCGACAUUCUACAAGCGUUCGUAGAGCUAUACUGCAAUUUCUGGGCGUUCGAGGAUAGAGUGUUCACGAUGAAAUUACCCUCGGCUUUUUACAGCAUGUACGGACCAUUGGGAGGCGCUGCCUCUGCCGAUUUAGCUCUCGAGGCGUUUGGGGAUGACCUGAAAUACGCAGGGAGAUCGAUACUGAACCUGUUGGCCACCAUCAAUGAAAAUCCUUACAUACGGUACUACCAGCCUGCACAUCAUCAACCUCUUGGUCCUCUUGCCAACCAAGCCACAACUUCAUCUCUUUCUCCUCCUGCACAGCAACAUCCUCAAAGUUUACGAUGGAGAUCGGCCAUGGGUGGGAGUGGUUCACGCGCUCCGGAGCCGGUAGGCGAACACUUGAGCAAGAAGAUUGCUCUGCAGGUCCAAGCCGACUUGGACGAAUACAUGACGAACAAUCCUGACUUUCCGACGCCAUCCAGCAGACCAAGGUCCGUGCUCAUCAUUGUCGACCGUUCCAUGGAUCCAACAGCUCCGUUACUUCACGAAUUCUGGUAUCAAGCAAUGGUCAAUGACCUUCUUCCCGUAGAGGAUGGAACACGAUAUCGAUACAAGUACGAGAAUACGACUGGUGGCAAAGAAGAGAAAGAGGCUGUGUUGAACGAGGAUGACGCUGUUUGGGUGUCGGUUCGACACCUGCACAUGAAGGAAGCUAUCGACACAUUGAUGACGAACUUUCAGAAAUUUGCUCAGGAGCAUGCGGGAUUCAGAGGAGGCAAUCAGGUCAAUCUCAAUGAUCUGAAGGAUAUGCUUGCCAGUCUGCCUCAGUUUCAGCAACAGCGAGAACAGUUCUCACUUCAUCUCGAUAUGGCCCAAGAGUGUAUGGCGUUGUUCGAAAAGAACAAGCUCAGCCAGACUGCCAGCGUGGAACAGUGUUGCGCAACUGGCUUCACCGCCGAAGGCAAAACCCCAAAAACAUUGGUUGAAGAAAUGGUCCCGUUGCUGGACGACCGAAAUAUGAGUGCCGUUGAUAAAGUUCGAAUCAUAGCACUGUAUAUCAUUUAUCGUGAAGGAGUAGCGGACGAGGAUCGAAGACGAUUGUAUCAACAUGCCAGAUUAUCACUCUCUGAGCAAACAGCAAUAGACAACUUGAUCUAUCUCGGCGUGAAAGUCAUCAAAGACGCAAAAGAUCGGUCGACCAAGGGAAGAAUCAAGCAGAAAUAUCAUGCGGCCGAGGGCGAGUACGAGCUUUCUCGAUAUAGACCUGUCGUCCAGAUGGCUUUAGAGGAUCAUCAUGCAAAUCGACUUGAUCAAACACUUUUCCCAUUCGUUCGUGACAUACCACCAGAAUUAUCGAACACACUUCGUGGUGGUGCUCCACCUCCACCUGCUCCAUCAUCUUCCCUCCGAUCCGCCCGACCUACAUGGCAUAAAGCACCUUCGGCACGGAUGACCAAUACGGAGGGAAAACAGAGGAUGAUCUUGUUCGUUGCGGGUGGUAUGACGUAUUCCGAGAUGAGAUUAGCAUACACUGUCGGACAAGCGUUAGGAAAGGAGAUUUUCAUCGGUAAAUCUCCUCUUUCCCCACAGAUAAGGUCUUCCAAGUGUCCCUCACUUGACACAAGAGAAAAGGCUAAUGAGACUUUUGUGGCGAAUUUGAAAUCACUCGGUAGAGGUGGGAUAGGAGCUCAUCCUCCAAACGCAACCCAACUUCAUCCUCAACAUCCAGGUAGACCUGCUCGAUCACCAGGUAGACCAGCUACAUAUCAAAUGAUCCUCGAUCAGAGACAUUGGGUACCACCCGUUGGACCCCCACCUUUAGCUCCACCGACAGCAACAACAAGUAUGGAAGCAGCUCAUCUUUUCGGUCCUGGUAAAUUAUCUAACAAAAUGUCUGAAUUAAGUUUAGGAAGUAAAGAUGGGAAAGGUAGUUUAUCAAAGAAGAAAGAAGAAGGUGAAGGGAAGAAAAAAGGUUUGUUCAAGAUGAAAUGGUAA